UACCGGGGAGUCGGCCACGCGCCGGCGUUCGUCUUAUUUUGAAAUACUCAAACCAGAAAGGGGCUCGUGAGUCGUGCUAGCUUAACAUAACUGCUCGCGAGCAGGCGGAGAGAGGAUCGGCAUCUAAAAAAGCGACUUGGAAAAACUACUUAACGCUCCUAAUCUUGGCGGCUGCGAGAGGACGCCAGCAUGAGCCAGGAGUCACUGGAGUCUGAUGGAGACUCCGCUCAGGAUGUAUGCGACUUCAACUGGGAUGACUAUUUGGAGGAGACUGGCGCUGCUUCUGUGCCUCAUCACGCCUUCAAACAUGUGGACCAGGGUCUGCAGACAGGCUUGACUCCAGGCAUGAAGCUGGAGGUAUGUGUGCGCUCGGAGGCCGACGGUCCUUACUGGGUGGCCAGCAUCAUCACGACGUGCGGCCAGCUGCUGCUGCUUCGCUAUGAAGGAUACCAGGAUAACCGCAGUGCCGACUUCUGGUGUGACAUUAUGACCGCCGACCUCCACCCGCUGGGCUGGAGCCGCCAGCAUGGCAAGACCAUGAGAGCCCCAGAGGGUGUGCGUGAGAAGCACCAGGACUGGGAGGCUUUGCUGGAGAAGGUCCUGGCGGAGGAGUGCAGCGCGCCUGCCAACCUGCUAGAAUUGCCUCGGCGUGGCGGAGACCCGAUGGAGCUGCUGAGCGGCGGGUGCUACGUGGAGCUCCAGGACAGCGUUGACCCAGGACUGGCCUGGGCUGCCGAGGUAGAGGAGAACGUCGGAGGAAGGCUGAAGCUGCGGCUCGUCGGCACCGAGGGCCUGCCGGACACACCCGCAACCCUCUGGCUCUUCUACCUCCACCCACGCCUCCACCCACCCGGCUGGGCUCACGAGCACGGAUGCACCCUCAGGCCUCCGUCUGAACUGAUGGCCCUGCGAACGGAGGAAGAGUGGGAGGAGGUGAGGCAAAGGAUCACGGACCUGCCUCAGGAUGAAGCUCUGACUGCAGAGCUCAGUAAGGACCAGCCUGCCAUUGCUGCUCAUUGUUUCAAGGAAGGCAUGAAAUUAGAAGCGGUGGACCCUGCUGCUCCUAUCUCUAUCAGGCCGGCCACCGUUGCCAAGGUGUUCAAUGAGGAAUACUUCCUCGUGACAAUGGAUGACCUUUGUGGUAUCGAGGAGUCUGAAGCUUCUGGGAGGUCCUUCCUGUGCCACAGAGACAGUCCGGGGAUCUUUCCUGCACAGUGGAGUCUUAAAAAUGGACUGCCCCUCAGUCCGCCACCAGGGUACCAGGGUCCGGACUUUGACUGGGCAGAUUACCUGAAACAAUGUGAAGCCGAGGCAGCGCCUCAGCACUGUUUCCCAAAUGAGACAUCCGAACACAGCUUCAAAGAGUCCAUGAAAUUGGAGGCUGUCAACCCGCUGUCACCAGAGAACAUUCACGUGGUAACAGUCACCAGGGUCAAAGGUCAAUACAUUUGGCUCAGCUUGGAAGGACUCAAGCAGCCCAUGCCAGAGUUAAUAGUUCAUGUGGACUCCCUGGACAUCUUCCCUGUCAGCUGGUGUGAGACCAAUGGCUAUCCUCUUGUCUACCCCAUUAAACCUGCGGUGGAGAACGAAAGAAAGAUUGCUGUGGUGCAGCCUGAGAAACACAGAGCUCCACCAAAGUCAUCGUCACCAGACAAUGUUAAGCAGCAGAUGGCAAACCACCCAGAGGCUGGACAAGGGAACGGGAAAUACUGCUGUCCCAAGAUCUACUUCAACCAUCGCUGUUUCUCGGGGCCCUACCUUAAUAAGGGCCGGAUUGCUGAGCUGCCUCAGUUCAUCGGACCUGGGAACUGUGUCCUUGUGCUCAAAGAGGUUUUGACCCUUCUCAUCAACUCUGCAUACAAGCCGAGCCGUGUGCUGAGGGAGCUGCAGCUGGAUCAGGAGAGCCGCUGGCAAGGCCACGGAGAGACUCUCAAAGCCAAAUACAAGGGAAAGAGCUACCGAGCCACAGUGGAAAUAGUUCGCACUGCAGAUCGCGUGGCUGACUUCUGCAGGAAGACCUGCAUCAAGUUGGAGUGCUGCCCGAACCUGUUUGGACCCCGCAUGGUUCUGGAACACUGCUCCGAGAACUGCUCUGUUCUCACCAAGACCAAAUACACAUACUACUACGGGAAGAAGAAGAGUAAACGUGUUGGCCGCCCGCCUGGAGGCCACUCCAACCUCGAGGCUGGAGUGAAAAGAAGAGGGAGGAGGAGGAAAAGGAGGAAGCAGCUCUUUGUCCAUAAAAAGAGACGCUCUUCAGCUUCGAUGGAUAACACGCCCGCUGGUUCUCCACAGGGCAGCGGUGAGGAGGAAGAUCUUGAUGAAGAUGACUCCCUGAGUGAAGACACGGGCUCAGAACUGCAGGAUGAUCUCCAAGAUGAUUCGGAGCAAUCAGUGGAAAAGUCUCAGCCCACCACGCCAUCCCCUUCCCCUCCUGCAACUCCCAGACCCACACGACGGCGCCGGAAACCCCGUUCACCUUCUUUCUCCGAUGAUGAGAACCACCCUCCAUCACCAAAGACGUCAAAGACUGAACCUCAUCAAAAGUUGUGUUUGGACACCAGCCCUCUGGAGUGGAGCGUUACUGACGUGGUUCGUUUCAUCAGGACCACUGACUGCGCACCUCUGGCACGCAUUUUCUUGGAUCAAGAGAUCGACGGCCAGGCUCUUCUGCUGCUCAACCUGCCGACUGUGCAGGAGUGCAUGGACCUUAAGCUGGGACCGGCCAUCAAGCUGUGUCACCACAUUGAGAGGGUCAAACUGGCAUUUUAUCAACAGUUUGCCACGUAGCUGAAGGACGAUGAACGAGAGACUUAAUUCAUACUUUAAAAAAAAAACAAAACACUGUCUCAUAUUGACCUUACUUACACUGGACGCCCUCUGGAACGCAGCACCAAGACCGAGUCGUGAGGAGCUUGACAGAGCAGCAUCAACAUAAGAUUUUUAAGGUGAAAGAAAGCUGCACAGGGUAAAUAAAACACUUCAGGUCCAGGAGGCACAAGUAAGCACUGAAAUUAACGGUUGCCCUGAAGCCUUCAGAUAAAUUGAAAAGCCUUCAUUAUUAAUAAGUGUGCUUUGACUCCAAGGUGAUGUUGAGAGUGUGUGACGCUUUUUCGGCUUUUAUGUGUUUUUUUUUUAAAGGCUUUUUAAUUAUAUUUGUGUCUUCGGAGUGCUCCAAAUCCUUCUUUUUUAAUUUGUUUGUCACUCUGAUAUAUAUUGUCUUAGCUGCAAGGCUAAGGAAAGGUUGAUUGCCUCAAAGUGUGGUACAUUCACACAUUCACCGGUCAAGUGUAAAGAUAUUUGGUGUGGACAUAUGAUACUUAAUGUAUGUCUUGGCAACUACUACAAUGCAAGCACUUGAAAACAGUGAAUGCCCUUAAAUUAAAAAAAAAGAAAUUCCAAGUUUCACCUCAGGAGUGGAAAUUUUUGAAGUUUGAUUGUUUUAUAAUUCAAGGACUUUGAAAUGCAGGCACAAGUACAAUCCUGUACUCUGGUACGGUAAUACUGACUUGACUGCAUGGUUGUAUAUAUAUAUAUAUAUACAUAUAUAUGUACACAAAUAACUUUAGCAUAACAGGGUAAUCCAAUAUUAAUUUGGCAAAAUAAUGUGGAAAUGUUCUAAAUAUUCUUAAUAUUUGCACAAAUCAGUUGAAACUCUUGCAGUGCUUAAACAGUUGUUGAUGUGGAGCAAUAUUCAGGUGAUUAUUUGAGCCAAUUCACACCAUAAUUUAUUUUUGAAUGAACUUAUAUGAGAAAAAAAAGAUUCAAAACAAAGAUGCUUUGUUAAGAAAAACAAUGUUCUCUCAUUUAACUUGUUCUUGUAGUGUUUAUUCAUGUUGUGUAUGCAAAAAAAAAGCUUCUGUAGGUUAUCUUGUUCUCUCAUUUGUUUUUUUUUUGUAUCAAUGGUUCUCAGUACACUGUAACAUUUUCAUUUCCUGUUUGAAUAUGAUCAUUAUUUAAAGAAAACCGCAAUAAAAAACCAG